AUGUCCACUCCAGAACAGAGUCUCUCCUCACCAGUGGAGGAGUCUUCCAAAUCCGGCGCUGGAGAACAUGGAAGUCAACAGGGCUCUAUAAAAGCAUCUACAGCCAACAACAUGGCACAACAAGAAGCCGAUUCAGGGGAGGAGCUUAUCCACAUCGACCCAUCGCCUUUGGAGGAGCAGGUCGCCGACCAUGACCAGCAGUUAAACCAAGGCCUCCAGCACUUGUCGAUUUCUUCGCAAAAACCACAACAUCUUAGUCUCCAGACCAAUCUCGACGUGCCCCCGCCUCCUCCGCAGAAAGACGAAACGUACAUCGACCCAACCCCGAAGACUCCGCAAGCAAGUCAUUCCCCUAUACGGCUGCAAACGCAGAGCGAAUAUACAGAAAAGGAACUGCCCGAUGUACCCCAAGUUGACACCACACCGCAACCGCAAAAGGAUGUCGAAAAGGAAGAAGCCGCUGCUGCCCGCAAAAGCGAGGACGACCAGUCGGAAAUACAGAGUAUCAUGGAGCAGUUUUCCCACGAAACAAACGGACUCAGAGAGACGGAAAUAAUGUCGCCGCGUUUAGAGUUUGCGGAACAGUUCAAAGGGAAAGGCACUCAAUUUCCUCCGCGCAGAUCCAGCCUAGAUGCUGAGAGCAUUCCCUCGUCUAUUGGGAGGCCUUCGCUACCGUCUCCCAUCGUCGUGCCGAAACCGUCGCCCCAUUCUGCGAGUGAAACCCCGGGCACUCCACGGUCAGUUUCGUCACUUACAGGAAUGCCUCCUCCCGAACCAGAGCCGGACCAGCCAUUUGAUUUCCAUCGUUUCUUGGAACAACUUCGCCAUCGCACAGCGGACCCUGUUGCCAAGUUCCUUCGGUCGUUCCUGAUGGAGUUUGGCAAGAAGCAGUGGCUGGUGCACGAGCAGGUCAAAAUCAUUAGCGAUUUCCUCGCUUUUAUCACGAAUAAAAUGGCCCAGUGUGAAGUCUGGAGACAUGUUUCGGAUCUAGAGUUUGACAAUGCCAAAGAAGGAAUGGAAAAGCUGGUGAUGAACCGAUUAUAUGGCCAGACUUUCUCCCCGGCAAUCCCUGCUCCUCCGUCGGUGCCAAGGAGUGUCAGUAGGAGCAAACGACGAGAAUUAGAGCGGCUACAUGGGCCCGGUAGACGUGGCCAACACCAGGAAGACGUCGAGCGCGAUGAAAUCCUGGCCCAGAAGAUUCGCAUAUAUAGUUGGAUACGGCCGGAGCAUCUGGAUAUUCCUGCACUUGGCAGCAACGGUCGCCGUUUCAUCAAUCUUGCGCAGCAAGAGCUGGCAAAAAUCAAAGGUUACCGUGCGCCGCGAGACAAGGUUAUCUGUAUCCUCAACUGCUGCAAAGUUAUAUUUGGUUUAUUAAAGCACUCGAAAAACCCCGAUACAUCGGCGGAUUCAUUCAUCCCCCUCUUGAUUUUUGUUGUGUUAAAGGCAAACCCGGAACAUUUGGUUUCCAAUGUUCAGUACAUUCUACGUUUCCGCAACCAAGACAAGUUGGGGGGAGAAGCAGGGUAUUAUUUAUCGUCUUUGUCCGGGGCUCUCCAAUUCAUCGAGACACUUGACCGAACGAGCUUGACCGUCACUGACGAAGAAUUCGAAAAGAACGUCGAGGCCGCUGUUUCAGCCAUUGCCCAAGAAAACCUGAAAGCCGAGUCGGAGUCAUCUACGAGCGCACACGUCACGCCACGAGCAUCCACUGACGCCGAGCGGCAACACGCACAGCGAAAAGAAGGACCGCCACCGCAGUCGUCGUCGUCGUCUGCAGGCGAGGGAGAGAAUGCACCUGUUGCGGGGCUUUUGCGCACUAUUCAGAAGCCGCUGUCUACAAUUGGAAGGAUGUUUGCUGAUGAACCAGAGCAGGGCUCAAGCGGUCAACCUCAACCUACCACAUUAGCAGGGCCAGCGGUGCCAGUAGCACCGGGGCCUCGGCCUGCUGGGUUUGAUGCUCAAGAGGCAGCAGCCCGGCAGGCAAGCGCUGAAGCAGCCGAAGCGCGAAAAAUCCAGCGCGCAGAGCACCAGGAUGUUGUAGAGACUUUGUCAGCCAUGUUCCCCAACCUAGACCGAGACGUAAUUGACGAUGUGGUCCGAGUAAAGGAGGGCAGAGUCGGGCUGGCAGUUGAUGCUUGUCUUGCGCUUAGCAGUACAGACCUCAUGUUCACGAACUCUGGCAUAGCAGAUGUACUCUACAUUUGUCUGAGUUCACCACAUGGCCUCUUGGUACCCAAUAAUCAAUUGAUAUAUCCCUCCAAUACACCCUCGACACCCUUCUACGCCCUGUUAAAUAGAAUAUCAGCACUCCCCAUCAUGGCGACCCCUCCGCUCUCCGAGAACAAGCAGAAGAUGGCUCGCGGCGAGCUUUACUACGCCUUCACACCAGAGCUCCUCGGCGAGCGCACACGAUGCAAAGCAGCCGUGCGAGCAUUCAAUGCUGUUGCGGGCGUGGCGUCGCGGCGAGAGUCCGUACGCCUGUGGAGAGAAAUCGUGGGUGAUUCCACCCCUCUGCCUCCAGAGCUCCCCGACGCAGCAGCCGACGAGGCGCAAUUCGACGAUGACCCCGUGGUCGAAGGUGGCCUGUACAUGGACUAUGGCACGCAGGUCAAGCUGGGCAAGGGUGUCUAUAUCAAUGCACACUCGACCUGGAUCGACACCUGCACAAUCACCGUUGGCGCCCGCACCCUCUUUGGUCCCAAUGUUUCGCUGUACAGUGGCACGCACCCGCUAGAUCCGGAGCUGCGCAAUGGCACAAACGGUCCAGAGACGGGCAAGGAGAUUCAUAUUGGCGAGGACUGCUGGCUGGGAGGCAAUGUGACGGUUUUGGCGGGCGUUACGAUUGGUAGAGGUUCGACUGUUGGAGCUGGCAGUGUGGUUACCAAGGUAUGUUCUAGAAGAAUGUGCAAUCUAGAUAAUGCGGCUUACAUGCAGACUUGCACAGGAUUUGAUCCUUUCCACAAAAAUCAAUAUCGAUAUCAAACCCCACCACCAUGCCCAUCCGCCUCGUCGACUCGCCUAGCGAGUACCCAAACUCUCACCGCAACACCAAUACUACCACCAACACGCCCUACCAAGACCAAGCAGGCACAGCCACCCAACAAGACGGACACGCAGGAAGUGGAGCAACGACAACGAGCGCUUCGACCGGUGGCACUGAACGUACGGAUGCAAUCAAUCCGGGCAGCGCGCCGAGCCCGAGACGGCUGA